GCAGAUAAAACGGUGAACAGCAUCGUGAAUGACUCCUCGCCAGCCCUCGAAUUCUACUGCAGAGAUGGCCGGUUCCCUGUCGUAGCUCUGCAGGAACCCCGGCCCGAAGCGGCAGACCAACCGCAAAAGAGAGUCCAUAUUGAUGACCGUUUCUUUGUACCUUACCAACCACCCUCCAGCCUGUCGCGCGGGCAUUCCCCGUUAGUAGAAAGGGUUUGCUCAUACGUGAUAUGGAUACCGCUAGAACCCCUCGGGCUGCCCCCCAAAGCCACGAGGGAGAAUAAAGCAGGGGAGGGGGGGAGCAUGGGGGCAUGGGCGACUUGCCUUCCUUGGGGGCUCCAACCGCCCAGGGUGCCACGCAGUGUUUGCUUGUCAAACGGAGCUAAUGGCGUGGCAAUCAUGUAUCCGUUCGCUAGGAGUAGUAGUGAUUUAGUUGAAGUAACGCCCUUCCUUCCAGAAGCCCAGGCUGGUACAUGGAUGAUGGAAAUUGGGAAUUAA